UCCCGUUGUUUUGAGCAUAUUGGGUUUCACUAGGCCCCAUUGUCAUGACAGAAGAUGCAACACUAUUUUCUAUUGCUGCGCUGCACACGGCGCUGUUUUUAGAGUCAGUUUGGUUGAGUUUCAGAUGCCUGUGCCAGGACCGGUGGCUGUGGUGCGUUGCAUGCGUUCGUUCCAUGACCUUUUCUCCCCUAGACGUACCGGAUCAACUGAUUUCCCCACCAAGCACUCCCGUUCCACACCUCCCGAUGAAGAUCAUGCAAACCUGUUUUUCAUAUAAUAUGCUUGAAAUAAGCUGCCGGUCGGCUGAUGUAUUUGCAAAUGAGAAGGCAAAUCUGUCACUGACAAUAGAUGUAAAUGCUCACACAUCCCAGGAGGACGGCGGAGCUCUGCUAGUGAGUAUCCUCUUCAAACUGGAGUUACAACAUUAAUCGGAUCUCCAGCACCUCUGUACUCGCGACCUCCUCAUUGGUUGAACUCCACGGAUUACAGUAGUAUCAUUAAUAAGUAGUUAUUGUAACAUUUAAGCGAUUUAUUCUUUUCACUUUGAUCUGAUUAUUCGAUCGGGGGGUGUGUAUCUAGACUAGAGGCUAGCGUCAUCAAUAAGUUAGUCACUGAGGAUUUUGUUUCUGCAGAACCAUGAGGUCCAGUCGUCUCAUCUGCAGUUUCAUCGGUGCUCUCAUCCACCUGCGGGAGUCACCUCGAUGUUCAGCUGCAUCCAGCAUUGACGUGCCGCUGAGAGGCGCGGCCGUUCAGUCUUCCACCUAUUCGGGCUGGAGCGCUGGACAUGCCAUCGAUGGGAGCUGCAGCCCUGAUGGGAAGGACAGCUGCAUUCACACCUCGGAGAUGGACAAUCCGUGGUGGAGGCUCCAGCUGGACGGUGUGUACAGGGUGUCCGUGAUCGAGAUCACUAAUAUGUACUCAACAAGGAAGUGGCUCGACGGCGUGGAAAUACACAUCGGCAAUUCACUGGUCAACAACGGCAACGACAACCCGAGGUGUGCCAUCAUCCACGAUGUCCCCGACGGCUUGACUCAGACCGUCCAUUGCUGGGGAAUGGAAGGAGUGUAUGUCAACUUCUACAAGCCCUUCAACACUACAUACUUGAUGUUGUGUGAGGUCAAAGUGUACGGAGAGUUGGCCCCCGCUCCCCCCUCCAUCAGCACUCCGGGGGUGGGGAUGAACGUCACCCUGGUGGGGAAGCGGCUGUGCUGGUCAGACGCCCUGUUCUACUGCAGAGACUAUCACUGGGACCUGCUGACUCUCAGGGGCCCGGCGGAGCAGGAGAUAGUUGACGAUCUGGUGGCUCGCGCCCCCUUCCCGCUAACCAGCCAUCUCUGGGUGGGCCUGCGCAGGUCUAUUCUAGGAAGCUCUUGGUUCUGGAUGUCCGGUGACCCGAUGGACUUCACCCAGUGGGACGAGGCCUCGCAGGAGCCCAGCCCCUGUGGGGGCAUUUCCAGCACAGAACGUUCCACAUGGAGGCAACGCUUUUGUGGGGAACAUCUCAACUUCGUCUGUUUCACAGGUCCGACAGGAGGGAAAAAGGUGCGCUUCUUUAGUACAACAAGAGUGAAACCAACUUGUAAAAACUAGGUUUGUCUCGCUGGAGAAUGCAACUACUGAUUCCCAAGUAAUCCUGUAGUGAAGAUUCUGAAUGCUUUAGCACAGAGCUUGUCUGUGGUAGCUAGCCAGUUCUGCAUUUUGCUUACAAACUCACGGAAGAUGUAUAUCUAUGGAAUUAGUGCUGUAAUAGCUUGAACGUGUAAAAGCGUAGGUAGAAGUAAUUUAUUUACUUUAGAAUAUAAUCAUUGAACAUCCAUAUGAGCAGAUCUGGUUGACGUUGCAUUAGUCCUUUGAGUGAAAUGUGGAGAUUGUGAGAAUAUGCUAUAUAAAUACUAUAUAAAAUAUCGGUCAUGUUUUAUUUCUAUGUCUUUAAUUCUUGAAAUAAAGAGAACAACUUA